UUGUGGUAAGACAGAUUUAGGGAGGGAGAGCGCUUGCUAGCUCGCUAUCUACGUGUUGCUAGAUGUAGACAGACUCUUUGUAGAAUAUUCUACUGUAUUGCCAUUUACACGGGAAAGCCUCCAACAAGCAUUCAGGAAUGGAAGGGAUCUUUGAAGGAAAAGGAGACUGGCUGGGUAGAAAGGUGACAGGUUCGUGAAAAACAGCUUUAUAUAAAAGGAGGAAUAAACCGCGGCUGACAUAUGGAAGACAGGCGGAGAAGGUACUCUUUGCUUGAAAGUGCUGCAGCCCUGCCAUCCUGCCCACCUGUAUGGCUGCGAAACCUGCUCUCUCUCUCCUAUUGGCCAUCAUGGCCUGGACUGGGCGGGCCCGCUCCUCGCCCACUGUGCUACUCCGUCCCCGAGAGAGAGACAGAGAUCCUGGUUCCCCUGGAAGCAUCAACAUAGCAGUUAUCUACUCUGGAUCAUCCUUGCACCCGGAGCUGGGGGUUGAUGGGAUAGGCAUGGAGCCAGGGAUGGGAAGGGUGUUGCCCCCUAGGGUUGGCUACGGACACAUUGCAGGGAGCAUCUCAGAGAGCGUGGUGACCCAGUAUGGCUCUGCCAAUAUGAUCUGGCUGGCGGUGAAUGAGAGCAGCCCCCAGAGCCUCCUGCUGCAGCUCUGUGACCUGCUGGCCACACGGCCCCUGCAGGGUUUAGUGUAUGAGGAUGACCGGCCCCCAUCCAUGCCCAGGGGGCCCCUGGCCCCGGUGCUGGAGUUUGUUUCUGCCCAGACAUCCCUGCCAAUCGUGGCCGUGGGAGGCGGCGCAGGCCUGGGAAGGGAGCCACAGGAGAGUGGCUCAAUUUACCUGCAGUUCAGCUCCUCGACUGCGCUCCAAUUAGAGGUUAUUUUUGAAGUUCUAGAAGAAUACGACUGGACAUCCUUCUCGGUUGUUUCUACACGUCACCAUGGCUACCAGGACUUCCUGGCGAUGAUAGAGGGCCUCACGGAUGGCUCCUUCAUCGGCUGGGAGAAGAGGAGUGUGGUGAUGCUGAACCUUACGGAUGACCCAGGGGGGGCACGUACACGGAGACAGCUGAAAGAGAAUGAGGCGCAGGUGCGCCUGCUGUACUGUUCGCACGAGGAGGCCGAGCUGGUGUUCAGGGCAGCCUGGGCCUCAGGUCAGGCUGGCCCCUCACACAUGUGGUUCGCGGUGGGGCCUGCCCUGUCUGGCCUUGGAGUGGAGGGACUCCCCAAAGCUAUCUUUGCUGUCAGGCCUCAGGGCUGGAGGGACGAGCCACGCCGAAGGAUCGCUAAGGGGGUGUUAGUCCUGACCCAUGCAGCUGUGGCUAUGAGGAAGGACUAUGGGGCCUCAGCAGAACCUAGCUUUGCUGGCAACUGUCAGACAGACAACAAUCAAACCCAAAGGCUGCCUGGCAGGAUCAGGUACUUCAGUAACAUUACACUGGGUGGACGUGAUUACUCCUUCAACAGCGACGGCUAUCUGGCCAACCCCUCUAUGGAUGUCAUCUCUUAUUCACUGGGGAAAGGAUGGGAGGAGGUGGGGUCGUGGGAGAAUGGGGUGUUGAAGCUGCGCUACCCGGCCUGGUCCCGCUACGGGAUCUUCCUGCAGCCCCCGGAUGAUGCCCAGCACCUGCAGGUGGUCACCUUGGAGGAACGGCCCUUUGUCAUUGUGGAGCCCGCUGACGCCGCCACCGGCACCUGCAUCCGUGACUCUGUGCCUUGCCGACUACCCCUCAACACCAGUGCGGUUCUGGAAGGGGUCGUGCCAGUGAAACAGUGCUGUAAAGGAUUCUGCAUCGAUGUCCUCAAACGACUGGCCAAGAUAGUUGGCUUCACCUAUGACCUCUAUCUAGUGACCAAUGGAAAGCACGGGAAGAAGAUUAACGGGGAGUGGAAUGGCAUGGUGGGAGAGGUGGUGUACAAGCGUGCCGACAUGGCUAUUGGCUCUCUGACAAUCAAUGAAGAGAGGUCAGAGGUUGUGGAUUUCUCUGUGCCCUUUGUGGAAACGGGCAUCAGCGUGAUGGUAUCCCGCAGCAAUGGCACUGUGUCACCAUCUGCCUUCCUGGAACCCUACAGUCCUGCCGUGUGGGUGAUGAUGUUUGUGAUGUGCCUGACCGUGGUGGCGGUCACAGUCUUUAUCUUCGAGUUCUUCAGCCCUGUGGGAUACAACCGCAGCCUGCAGACUGGAAAGAAAGCAGGAGGCUCCAAGUUCACGAUCGGGAAGUCCAUCUGGCUACUGUGGGCUCUGGUGUUCAACAACUCGGUUCCUGUGGAAAACCCCCGAGGAACCACCAGCAAAAUCAUGGUACUGGUGUGGGCUUUUUUUGCCGUCAUCUUCUUGGCCAGCUACACUGCAAACCUAGCUGCCUUCAUGAUCCAGGAGGAGUACAUCGACACUGUCUCUGGACUCAGCGACAGAAAGUUCCAGCAGCCCACAGAGCAGUACCCACCUCUCAAGUUUGGCACUGUCCCCAAUGGCAGCACAGAAGAAAACAUCCACAGCAACUACCCCAACAUGCACCAGUACAUGGUGAAAUACAACCAGAGAAGCGUGGAGGAGGCCAUCGCUAACCUUAAGACGGGUAAACUGGAUGUCUUCAUCUAUGAUGCAGCUGUGUUGAACUAUAUGGCAAGGAAGGAUGAGGGUUGCAAAGUGAUGACCAUCGGCUCUGGAAAGGUCUUCGCUACCACAGGCUACGGCAUUGCCUUGCACAAGAACUCACCAUGGAAACGACCCCUUGACCUUGCUCUGCUACAGCUUGUGGGAGAUGAUGAGAUUGACAUGCUGGAGCGCCUCUGGUUGUCCGGCAUCUGCCAUAACGAUAAGAUUGAGGUGAUGAGCUCCAAGCUGGACAUUGACAACAUGGCGGGGGUCUUCUACAUGCUGCUGGUGGCCAUGGGCCUGAGCCUGUUGGUGUUUGCCUGGGAACACCUGGUCUACUGGCGGCUACGGCACUGUGUGGGCCUGUCCCAGAAGAUGGACUUCCUGCUAGCAUUCAGCAGGGGUAUGUACAGCUGUUGCAGUAUAGAGGAUGAAACCCUCCAAGGAAGAAGCAAAACCACUUCUCAACACGUCUCAAUGGUGCCCCCUCCUCCCCAGUCUUAUGCUGGCCCAGCAGCAGUUUCCAAGCCAACGGUUGCUAUGACACAGCAGCAGCAACUGCAGCAACACCAGCAGUCAGCAUAUGAAAUGCCACUGCCAGGAUCACCCCCAGCAGCCACACAUAAAUCCCCAAACAGCCCUACCCUGGGAGCCCCUCUGCCCUGCUCUACUUUCCUGCCCCGUCCGGACAGGAGAUUUGCUGUGGUGGACCGCUGGGUCCCCAAGCCCACCGGAACGAAAGCACUUUGUGGAAUGUCUGAGAUUAGACCAGUCACACAAAGGAUGCCUCCAUCCUGGGGAGGGGCAGAGAGCAUAGGUGGGGGCGGCCUAGAUGAAUACAAGAGGUACUAUGGUCCAAUCGACCCUGAGGGCUUGAGUGCUAGUGUGGAGCCUCAGAUGACUGACCCUCAAACCCCUAAAGCAGUGCAAAGAUGUCAGCCAGCACUCCCACCAGCUGGUACAAUUUUCUACCAGGAGAAGACUGCCAACCUAGGAGCAGUUCGAGUUGCAGGAGGUCAGAGGAAAAAAAGCAAAUAUUUGGGGGUCCCCAAGCUCCCCCCUAAGAGUAAAGCCUUGGCUCCACUGCCCCCCGACUCAGUGACACCCACCUCUCCACCUCUGCCAUCUUCAUUUUGGAAAAAACGUUGUCCCAAAAAAUUGAAAGAGCCAGCUGGGCCCUUGUAUGAGAACAUCCUCCCUUUGGGCAAGCGAGGUGGACGCAGAGGUGGCACAAGAAAUGCAGAAGGUAGGAAACUUCCAUACCCACAGUCCCCCUCUCUGUCACCCUCCCUGCUUUACUCCUCCUCCACUGGUUCCUCCUCCACUUCCAGCUCAUCCUCUUCAGUGUCAGCCUCGUCCUCCCGCUCGACAUCUCCUUCUUCAUCCUCAAUGAGGUCACAGAGCCCCGAUCGUCGAAGUCAUGGUGCAGCAGGACGCAGCAUGGAAGAUGAUGAAGAGACAGAGGAGCUGACAGAAGAAUCCAGCCUGCUUCUGGGACAGAGCAAAGUUGAGAGAUCAUUCUUUCCCCCUCGUUCUAUAGCUCACAGCCCCCCACCGCCCAUACCCCCCCGGCAGCCAUGUUCACAGAGACAGAGGGCCUUCUCCUGUGACAGGGGCAGGAGCCGGGGCCAGCUGGCCCAGUUACAGGAAUGGUGGGCGUCAUGGGGGGAGCGCGAGCGGGACCGGCGUGAGGACGAGGACAAUGUGAGAGAAAGAAAAAGUGACCGAAAGUCCAGGAAGGACAAAGAGACCCAGAAAAAGAAGAAGAAAAGUCGAAAGCGGAAGAAGAGGGAGGAGCGUGAGAGAGAGAGAAAGCGACGCAAGAUGAAGAAGAAGAAAAAAAUCAGGAAGAGGCAGAGCAUGUCCUCAGAGCAGCGGCUGGAGCUAGCCAACAAGGAGGAGGAUGUCCACAGGAACAUGGAGGGCAAGAGGUACUCUGUGUGGGAUGGAGAGGCAAACAGAGAGCGGAGAGACCGGGAAGUGGAUGAAGGGAGCAGGAGAACGGAGGAAGAGCAUGAGGCGAACAGGAGCAGGGAGAGGUGUUCCAAGGGGGUUCCAUACUCACAUUUGGGGGCCUGCGUUCGGUGCCCGGACCUCAAUAAGCUGCUGGUACGAGGAAGUAAAGGAGGCGGCAGGAGCUGCGAUGCUACCGGAGCGGCGGCACUCUUCGAGCCUCUACUCCCAUCAUCUUAUCGACAUCGCAGAUGGGCAUGGGGAGAGAAAGAAACGCGCAAACGGGGCAGAGAGAGACGCCCCCUGCUGACACAGGCUGAAAGAAGCCGCACCCGCAACAAAGAAGGCCUGCAUUUCAAUGAGUGGGACUCCCAAGAUGAUGAGGAUGAAGAUGAAAACCUGGAAGAUGAAAGGGAGAGGGGGGAAGGGCAGAAGAGGGCCGGUUGGGUGCGGGGGGCCCUGUCAGAGUCAGAGAGGGACAGACGCAGUGAGCUAGAGUUUUAUUCGGAUGAGGGCUCUUCAGGGGAGUUUGGCAAGUUUGAGCGGUACUGGGAGGGCAGCAGGAGAAGAGGCAGUGGUGGCCUUUGGGAUGAGGGGCGCUUAUUCGGCACCUACCCAGCCAGGGAGAAGGGGGGCAGCAUAGACAGCGAAGACAAUUUCUUUGCUGGUAAAGGGCCAGGAUGGGGCCCUGCCGUUGACAUCAGGAGUCCCAGUGAGACUAUGCUUCUGGGAUCUGGGGGGGCAGGCAAACUGCAAUGGCUGGUCAGACCCACGGCCCUUCCUGGCAGAUACUGGUCAGAGGAGAAGCUGUCCUUGAAGGGGAAGAAAAGGUGGAAGGGAGGUGGGAAGGAGAAGAGGAAGGCGGCAGAAAGGGAGAAAGGAUACCUGCCGUGUCCCUGUCAUUACAGUCACAUGGGCGCAGACACCAAGCAGGACAGGCCUGCCCCUCACAGCCAGGAGGAGCUCCUGCCCAUUUGCCACAGCUUUAACUACAGCCCCCUUCCAAACCCUGCCCCCCUGAAGCCAAGCCACACCCAACCCAAAUCUGAAAGCCAAUCCGACCUCAGUGCACAGAAAGUGCCACUGGCUGAUCAGGUUGCCCAGCCUUGCCUGGUGCAGGCCCUCAUCCCUGCUCUUGCCCUGCCUACAUCCUCGCCCCCCUCCCUCCCCACGCACGGUGCUCAGCCAAUCUCUUCGUCCUCCCCAGUGGUUCCCCUAGCCCCUGACAUGCCCCUGUCUUCCGCCACUACUGCCAGCGCCAAGAUGCAGUACCAGAGGCUGCGCUCCGUGCCCCCCCCUCCCAAGUCCUGCCCCCCGCACGUGCCCAUCAAACCCCAGGGUCUGUGCUCUCGCCGUGACUCUGCCCACUUCUCCAGCGUGGAGAGUGAGGUGUGACCAAAAACAAACUGCCAAUCACGGCCCUGAUCCCAGCUCCUGUAAGUCCACAUGUCACUGGUGGGAUCCUGAUUGUCUUGUUCUUCAGUCAGGACAGUGCAUUACAGUAAUAUUCACCCAUUAAGUCUAUGACUAAUGCCGUCAUACCCACAGUUUCUUCCAUUUCUCCAGUGUCCUCUAUCUCUGCCCUCUCUCUUGAUUUUUUGCCUCUAGUUAUCAGCUUAACAACACUGCCCUCCAGUCCGUUCUUAAUUAUUUUGUAACAUCUGUGAAGAGUGUUGUGGCGGGUCAUUAAUAUUAAACCUUAUCAAUGACAGUUCCUUUGCAAUAACUUGGACUAAAUGUCUAAUGACAUUAGCUGACACUGAUGUUGAUGAUCACCUUAGCAAAAUCAGAGGGUAUACAUUUUCCCCUGGCAAUCUUUUCUUGAUCGUAAACCAACACCACACCUUCUCUAAGUUUUACUAAAUUUUGGUAACUACUCAUAGAAAUGCUGCUUUUCUUUUAUUUUAAUUCCACUUUGCUGGAACCUUUCAUAAAAUGCAUUGUGUGCAAUGCAUGAUCACGUAAACAUCACUGCAAUUCAAAUGUGACUGAUGUUCUGUGGCUUAUAUUUUAGUUGUGCCUAUAUGCAAAAAGGUUGAUUUGACUUAGAGAUUUCAUUUCAAUCUGUCAUUUAAUCGCAUUUAAAUAGAUUUAAAUAUUGUUUUAUCAUUUCUAAACCAGAAAAUAUAUUCAUAUCAGUAUUUAUACAUUAUCAAAUGUGUUUUAUUGACUGAUUUGACAAAAUAUUAGUACUGUGAUAUACUAGUGCAGUAGUAGUAACAUGUAUGAUCUGUGAUAUUUUCAACAACAUAACACUGGAGACAGCAAUGUAGGUAAAUGUGGCUUUGGAGCAAUGUACUACAUUGAAGCAAACGCAUAUAUAUCAUAGUGUGAUUGUUGGUGUGCUUCUGCAGAGGGAAUGUUGUGCGUUUGGCUGGUAUUGCAAAGCACUGGUGGUGUUUAUUUCUUUUCAGACAGCUGCAGAGCUAUUUUAACAUUUUAAGUCACUAAACUAACAUUUUAGUUCACUAAAGUAGUGUAUAGUACAUGUGCACACAUUGACUACAUACUUCAUACAUUAUAUAGCUUUAUUUGUAAUGACAGGAGUAAAAAAAGAGUUCAGAAAUGUCAUCUAUGUAGCAAUUAUAAUUUUAAAUUGUAGUUUCCUCCGAUUUGACUGUGAAUGCUUUGGUGCUUCAGUAGAAACAAGUUCUUUGUGUUGUCAAAAUUUCAUUUUGGUUGUAUGAAUCACUUAUAAAAGGCAGGAAAGACAAUACAUCAAUACAUUUCAGCCAGUUUCACUGUGUAACUAUUGAACUGGUUAAUGCACUGGCCAGUUUCACUUUACUACUACUGUAUUGUACUGGUUAUUCUGCUAGCCAGUUUCACCGUACUAAUAUUGUAUUGAUUAUUCACCAGGCCAGUUUCACUGUACUACUAUUUUACUGGUUAUUUACCUGGCUAGUUUCACCAUAUUACUAUUUCACUGGUUAUUCCGCUGGCCAGUUUCACUUUAAAAUUAGUGUGGUGUCUGUCUCCUUUAUUAUCUUUGCAGUAUUCCUUAGCUGUUGAUCUCCCUAUCCCCUGUAGGAUUUUUGUCUUCUGUCUUUCAGUCACUAUGUAUGAUAUAAAAAUAUGCUUUAAGCCUUGGUAUUUUUGUGACCGUCUGUCUUUCAGUGUCUCAUCUAGCAAAAACCAGAGACCAGUAGAUACUGUGCUCUUGCUCCUAGACAAUUAUCGGUAAAGAUGAAUUAUUCUUGCCAUUGUUGGUGAUAAUGUAAGUCCUAUGACCAUGUCACUGUUGUGAGAGUUUUGCCUGUACUGUAAUUCUUGCUCUGGGCAGGGCUCCACCAUGGCGUGCGUCUCCAGCAUUGCAUUCUAUUGAUGACAUCCUACGCUGCUGUCCUGCUGGACCUGGACAUGGUGUGUCAUCUGCAGCAAUCAGGAGGCCCUGCAGCGUAGGGGGGCCUGGGGUUUCAGUGGACUCCUAAUUUUGCUCUGUUGUGCAUUCUGCCACGCUUUACUCCGCCAUGGUGAGCAACACUGGAUCUUGUACAAAACGACUUGGAUUUAAACUGCACUGCAGCAAAGUGUGCUGUACUGUUUGGGAUAUUGUACUGUGUUGUACUUGACUUAAGACAGUAUAAUGAUGUGCUGCUGGACCACAGGAUACAAUACUGUACUCAACACAAAAAAAAAUAAAAAUUUUACUAAGAAUC